AUGGAUAUGCAAACAACUUCAAUCUGUUCAAUAGCGUCUCUCAAACCUGAUUCAAGCUUGCACGAAGAGCUAAUGUCAAGACAACUGCAGCAACGAAAUAAAAAACAACCCCUGGAACAGCCGGUCACCCACUCAGACUACCAAGAGUCAGUUACAUUCUCAGCUGAGGCAGCGAACACUAUUCAACAACAUAAGCACCCUGAACAAGCGAGUCAAACAGAACUCCAGGAAUAUCACCCACUACUGUCAGAAGAGAUCAGUACUAGUCGCAGAAAAUCCAUCCAGAUCGUACGUCCAAGCAGAGUGUUCACACAGUAA